AGAACAGGUUACUUGUUUCUCUCGCGAGAUCUGGCAACGGUGAACGGUCCGUCUGCAAUUUACUUCCGUCUAAAGAUGGCGGAGUAUGCAAACAUCGUCCGAAGGGCUUUGGGACAAAUAGGAGGUCAUGGUGGAAUACGAGGCUUAUUACUUCAGCUGUUCAGAGUAAAUGAUGUGAAAACGGGUAAUUUGAUCGGUGUGGACAAGUAUGGAAACAAAUACUACGAGGACAGGCAGAACUACUUUUUUGGACGUCAUCGUUGGGUGAUCUACACCACAGAGAUGAACGGGAAGAAGACACUGUGGGAGGUGGACGGCAGCAUGGUGCCAGCUGAAUGGCACCGCUGGCUGCACUGUAUGACAGACGAUCCUCCCACAACCCACCCUCCCGAGCCCAAAAAGUUUCUGGCUGAGGUGCACCAGUUUAACGUGAGCGGCUCGUCGCAGCAGUAUGUGCCCUACCCCACCACCCGCAAGAAGAUCCACGAGUGGGUUCCCCCUAAGGCCGGAGCCCCGUGAACUCUGAACACUUGUUUCAUGUUCCAUGCUGUAAAUUAUGGUUUCUUGGCUGCACCCUACAUGUCCUCAAUAAAUUCUCUAUCCAGA